AUGUCAUCCAACAAUAACACUAGCAUUACGUUAGCAAUUAUUCAACUUCAAAGUGCUUUUCGAUAUCCAAGUCUUAUUUUAGGCUUUACUCUAUUGAUCGGUGGUGUAUUAGGUAAUAUUCUUAAUAUCAUAGUCUUCAUUAAAGCUGGAAAUUACAAGAAUAAUGCAUGUUCACUUUACAUGUUUGUGCAUACUUUUCUUGAUCUCUGCAUUCUUCUUACUGGUCUAACCACGCGAAUUCUUGGUACAGGUUUCCAAAUAGAUUUUACUUUAGUGAAUCGAAUUUGGUGUAAAACUCGCAUAGGUUUCACCGAUAUUAAUAGUGAAUGUACAUAUACUAUGAUUUGCUUACAAGCCAUUGAUGCUUUCAUUUGUUGUUCUCCAUCAGUUGUUAUACGAUAA